AUGCCGCCGCAUGACGAACCGCAAAGCAACGAUCACAAUUUGCCAUACGAUCACGAAGCAGCGGACGAAGGAAUGCUAGCCACCCGCACCGCCUCCGCCGCCGCCGCCGCCGCCGAUAGUGCUGACACUCCAGUGCCCGUGACGCGGCGCGAAGAGUGGGGGUGGUACCUGUACGACGCGGCGGUGUCCGCGUUUUACUCGGUGGCGCUGCCCGUGUUCUUCCCGCUGCUCCUCAACCAGCUCGCCGCCGACGCCGCGUGGCAGCAGGCGGGGCAGCCGCGCCCGCCCGACUGCGGCGUCGACGGCGUCGCCGUGAAUUGCGCGCAGUGCGUGCCGGGCGAGGGAAUGCAGCUGCUGACGUCAUCUGGCUACUCGCCGCUGCCGAAUCCCAAGGUGCAGAUGGGGGCGGCGAGCAUGGAUCCAGUGGCAUUCGCUACAGUCACAUUGGGGCUGUCCGUGGUGUGCCAGGUGGCGGCCUUCAUCACCCUCGGGCCCCUCGCUGACUACGGCAUGGGGCGCAUGCGGCUGCUACAGGGUGGCACAGCCAUGGGCAUAACAGCGUGUGCUCUCUGCAUGGCGCUGGUGUCACCAUCCCUGUGGUGGCUCUCAGGGGUGCUGCUCAUCACGGCCAAUGUGGGCUAUGGUCUCGCCAUUGUCGCCUACUACAGCUACCUGCCUGUGCUCGUGGAUGCGGCUCCUCCAGUGCUCCUCGCAGCACAGCUUGCAGCGAGCGCCCAUGCAGAGCUGUCUUGUGCUGCCUCUCUCACUGCUGCUGCUGCCCGUGUGCCUGGUGCGGUGGAGGCGGGGAAAGCAGCGGAGACAGAGGCGGGGGCGGAUAGGCCAGCAGAGAGGGAAGCAGAGGAGGCCACAGAAAAGGCACCAGUGCAAGUUGGUAAAGAAUACGAGCAGGCAGGGAUGGGAGAGCAGGAAUUGAUGGGGAAGCAGGCGUGGGCGGCUGCAGAGGCGCACACACAUGCAGGCGUGGAGAGCAGUGGCGAGGCAUUCGUUGCCGUGGACUCGUGUGCGAGAGACUCGUGUCGGGCGGAUAAGGGGGACCUGUACACACCGCUUCUCGUCGCCCGGGACCAGCUCCAGGAGAAGAACCACACGCAUGUCACUCACAGGCAGGAGUCGCCUGUUCCAGCAUCACAACGCUGCUCUCUCAACCCACCAACUCCCUCAAGCUCCCUCCCUCAUUUCUUUCCACCCCCUCCUUCUCUGCCCACCAGGAGGAGAAUCGCAUGUCACUGUCAGGGGUGGCCUGUGCCAGCAUCGCCUCCUCACCACGCUCCUUUCCACCCACCAACUCCCAUGCUCUCUCCCUCAUCUGCCCCCAACCCUCCUCCCCUCCCACCAGGAGGAGAAUCGCAUGUCACUGACAGGGGUGGCCUGUGCCAGCAUCGCCUCCAUCCUCGCCACGCUCCUCUCACCCCACCAUUCCUAUGCUCCCCUCAUCUUGCCCUCCACCACUGCCUUCCCCCAUCCCCCCAGGAGGAGAAUCGCAUGUCACUGACAGGAGUCGCCUGUGCCAGCAUCGCCUCCAUCCUCGCAACGCUCCUCUCCUUCGCAGCCACGCUCCCCGUCUCCUCCGACUCCCUCAAGCUGCGCCUCGCCCUGCUCGCCUGCGCCCUCUGGUGGCUCCUCCUCUCCCUCCCCACCUUCCUCUGGCUCCUCCCGCGUCCCGGCCCACCCUUCCCCCCUCCACCCCCCCUCCCCUCCUCCUCCCACUCCUCCGCAUGCCACCGCACCGCAUCCCACCUCGCCGCACGCCUCGCCUCCGCCCUCUCCUCUGCCUUCUCCGGCUGGCGCCACAUGGGGCGACUCUUCUCCGAAGCCCGCCGCUACCGCUCUGCCUUUGCCACGCUCUGCACGCCGCUGCUCUUCUACCUGCAGCGCUGGAUGCACCCCGUGCUGACCAACAAGGCCAUGGUCAUGCUUAUGCUCGCCGGCAUGCUGCCGCUGCCGCUCUGGGAGUUACUGGGCUACCUCACGUCGCCGCAGUCCAUAGGGCUGAAGGCCCCUUGGGAGCUGUUUGUGUUUGCGUGCUGGUUUGGGUUCUUUCUGGGCGGGCUGAACGCGUACUCGAAGACGCUGUUCAUUGACAUGAUUCCAGUCGGGCGCGAGGCGGCAUUUUUCUCGCUCUACUCUGUGAGCGACAAGGGCUCGUCGUGGCUGGGGCCGUUCAUCGUUGCAAUCAUUGUGCAGAUUACGGGUGAGCUCCGCCCCAGCUUCCUCUACGUCUUCCUCGUCAUCCUCAUUCCCUUAAUCUGCCUGCACUUCUUUGUCAACCACCAGCAAGGCAUUGUGGAUGCCGCCCCCUCCGCGGCUUCCCCCGGAGCGCCAUCCGCUUCCCCCGCCGGCGAGCAGGCGGAGCGCGCGAAGGGGGGGCUGCCGUGCGUGAUGAUGCAGGCGAUGGGGCCGGCGGUGGACAGGCAGGCGGAGUGGGGGCGCGGUGACGCGGGCGCGGAGGGCGGGGGAGAUGCGAGGGACUAUGUGUACCAACAAACGGCGGACACGGGACGAUUCUGGGGAGUGCGGCACGAGUUGGCUCUAGGCACAUGCUUCCAGCCCAGGGAGGGGCAGGUGUCGCCUCUGGGGGAGGUGUCACCUCAGGAGUUUGAGGCACGGGUGCAGUAUGGAUUUCAGGUCACGCCCUUCCUGCACCUAGGCACGCUCAAGAACCAAGAUGAUGGCAGCAUAGUGAGGUGGCGCUACGAGGUGACGCCCAUCGAUGGCUGGGGGCCCAGGGGCGGCACACAGCUGUCAACCGCUGGUUGGCUCUCUGCGCUGCCCGCUUUUGAACCGCACUGGCAGGUGUGCAUGGCGAUGGGGCGAGCAAGCGGGUGGGUGGAGUGGCAAGGGCACCGCGUUGACUUCACAGACGCCGUCACCUACUCUGAGAAGAACUGGGGGGGCGCCUUCCCGCUCAAAUGGUUCUGGAUUCAGUGCAAUGUGUGGUCGCACGUGUCACUGGGGUCCGCGGUGGCGCUCACAGUGGCAGGAGCGAAGCGGCAGCUCAACCUGCCUCUGCUCGCCAACUCCGUUGAGGAAGUGGGCAUGGUAGGGCUGCACUGGCAGGGGCAGUUCAUCGAGUUUGUGCCCAACAGGGGGGCCGUGGAGUGGAAGGUGCAGCCGUGGGGCAGCUGGCACAUGCACGCUCACAACGAGCAGUACGAGGUAACAGUGGAGGCGCACACACUACCGGGCGACAAUGGCACGCCUCUGAGGGCGCCAACAGCGGAGGGCAUGAGGUUUUUCUGCAAAGACUCGUUUGACGGCCGGGUCAAGCUGGAGCUGCGCCAGCGGUACUCGGGGCAGUUACUCCUGAGGGCGGAGAGCACAGCAGCAGCGGUGGAGGUGGGAGGCGGGCCGUGGUGGGAGGCAUGGGAGCAGAGGAGCCGCAUGAACCCCGCCCAGAGCGCUGUUAUCUCGCUGCCUCUCAACCUCUCCUCCCUGCUCCCGCCCUCCCUGCAACCUCCGGGCCUGUGA